UGGACUCAUUCCAUACGUAUCUUCUCAAACCUCUCACAUAUAUAUAUGUGUGUGUGUGUGUGUGAGCCUCACUGUGACUUUAUAUAGAUUGGCAUUUCAGUUUUACUAGACUGAUAAGGCUCAUGGAGAAGCCACAGUCCAGACUCAAGGGCAAGAUGCUCAACUUCCUCCCGAGAGUCGCAUCCACCGCAGUCACCUUCAAGAGCCCCCCCAUCAGCCCCCGUAAGCCCCCACCGGGAUCAUCGAGCAGGCAGGCCGGAGCCUCGGUCAUCCCCAAGGAUGCUCGGAGACGGCUCAAGAACGGUAGCUUUGAUGCCCGAGAGCCCGGCUCCCCAAUCGUCUCCUGCGUGGGACAGGUCAAGAAGAAGAAGAACAAGGACAUGGCGUUGACAAUGACUGCUAGGUUGCCACCUACCACGUCGGACCAUAAGGAGGAGGCGAAGAAGAAGGACACGACCAUGGCGAUCCUCAAACUCUUCAAGGGUAAGAAGUUGCAAGGUGAAAAGUCUCGCCGUGACAAUGGCGCUGGUAGUGGCAAGAAUGAGAAAUCAGCGCCUUCUUUGGGCCACUUGAAGCAAUUUGCGAGCAGUAGGGGCGUAUUAGCAAAUUUCGACUGGAGGGCCCAUUGCGGGACAUCGACGGCGGUGGCACCGGACAACUGCUUGGAGAAUGGCUCUUGCUCCGGCGACGAAGAAGAGAUCAAAGAAGAAGGGAGACGACAAAAGGUGAUCAUAAUACCGCAUUCAGCACCCAUUGAAGCGGGAAAUAGAAUGAACAACGCGGCAGAAGGAUUUGCCUUGCAGCCCAGGAAAGAAAUUAACCUGUGGAAGAGGAGAACUAUGGUUCCUCCUCCGCCGCUUCGACUGUAAAAAAUAAGUUACAUAUUUCUUUCAUCUUUUGUAUGUAAUUCAGUGCAAAUUUUCGAAUGGAAGUUUGCCAACAAGAAGUCUGUAUAAUUCAAUGGAUCAAGAUUGUGCGUUAGGGAGGAAUAUGAAAGGAUGGGUCAUGGAGAACAGAAGCCCAUUUUCAUAUUCCUUCUUAGCAUGUGAUCGAAAAAAGUUGUAACCAUAUAUUGAAAAACAUCAAUUAUCAGAAUUUUUUUUGUGUGUGAAUUAGGGGGUCCAAACCCUGAAUUAUCAGAAGAUUUUGUAUUUGCUAUUAUUAC